AUGCUUUAGGGAAAUAUGGAGCUUAUUUUACCUGAAGAUGGAGUGCCUUGGCUGUUUUUCUCAAUGGUUGUGUGCAUUAAUUUGAGACUUUUUUGUGUUUUUGAACUUUGACCUGUCUUACCAAAGAACACCUGUCAUUAGAGCCAAGCAGCGCUCACUUUAUCUAUUUUAACAUAUAUUAAUUUAAUUUAUAAUAUCUUUGGGUAUUCUGAGGACUGUUGACCCCCAUUACGGGGAAGCUCAGUGGGGUAAACAACACUUCACCACUGAUCCAAAUCAACCAUAAAAGACACCUUCAAAACAAUUAAAUCCAUGAAACUUAUUGACAUAAAACAUGCUAAUAAGACAAUAAAAUCCCAGAGUAAUAGGCAGCAAGAUAAGCAGUCCCCAUGCCAGAGGCCCCUCUGUUCUGCUGCUGGCACAGGAGCUCUUUAUCAGCUCCUUGCCAGGCCAGGUGCUCCUAGCUGAGCAACGCACCUCAUCAGGUAAUGCUGUGCUGCAUUACCUGUGCAGAGUUAAAGGGAAAGCCAGACAAGAACACGUACAGCUGUAACAGGGAGAAGCAAUUAGUUAAAUAUUAAGUGUGAGAUAAACCACAAACAAUAUUAAUUGCUUAGUUGCACCAUGAAAUAGAACUCAUACAAGUUUUACAAUACAGACGUGUCAACUGUUACUAUAACCCUUAAACUCAAUAAAUGUUUUUUUUAAAUGGGAAUUUGAAAAUGAUUACUUGUUUUAAUCUAAAAGCAAACCUUUCUAUAAUGUGAACCCUCUUUACUAGUCAAAUAUUUGACAUUGCUGUGACUCAACAUAUCCAUGUCAAACUUCCAGUGAGUAGCACCAGAAGAUAAAAUAAAUUGGGACAAAGAACAACAUGUGUCUUGUGAAUUGUUGCAAAAAUAUUAGAUGGGAUGGACUCUUAAUCUUAACAGCACUUUAUUCCAAGACACUUUGAAUGUGCAGCCAGGAGCCAGUCCCUUGAUAUUUACAGAGAAGGUGACUUUGUGGACUGAAUGGUUUUUGUUUGCACUCUUUGAGAUAGAAAACAAUUCUAUCAGAUCUGGACCAGGGAAUUUAAUCGUAGAGGGUACAUUUACAUGAUUCCAUUUAGUGUACUUUAGUGCACUUUAGUGUAAAUGUGCGGCAUUUGUGUGUCAGCAGAGCAAAUGACCUCUUAUUUGUGGUUAUGAUAGGAAGGAAUUUAUGUUUUUCAUCUAAAAAUUUAAUUAUUCUAAACGACCCUAAAGACUGAGGCAGGUAGCCUUCAUGUACACAUGCUAAAAACCCAUUUUUGUUUAUUACUUGUAUUGUACUUCUUAUCAUUGCUCAUCAGUGAUAUUCAGAAGGCAUCCGCAGGGUCUUUAGCCUCCAUCUUCUCCUCCAUGGCGAUAUGUCCCACCGAGCUGGUGAAAUGUCGCCUGCAGGCCAUGCAUGAAAUGGAAGCAUCUGGCAGAAUCACAAGUGGACAGAAAAGUACAGUGUGGACAGUUGUGAAGACAGUGUUGAAGACAGACGGUCCGCUGGGUUUCUACCAAGGACUGACGUCCACCAUGGUGAGGGAGAUACCAGGUUACUUCUGCUUCUUUGGGGCCUAUGAACUGUGUCGGUCCCAAUUUGCCCAUUACAUGGGCACGGACAAGGACAGUAUAGGUGUUCUUCCACUCAUGUUCAGCGGUGGAUUUGGAGGAGCUUGUCUGUGGUUGAUGGUCUAUCCCAUAGACUGUGUGAAGUCCAGGAUCCAGGUUUACUCUUUAGCUGGGAGGCAAGAGGGCUUCAUGAAGACCUUCACGGGUAUCAUACGCAAUGAGGGAUUCCCUGCUCUGUACUCGGGCUUGACUCCUACCAUGAUACGCACUUUCCCUGCCAACGGGGCCCUUUUCCUGGCUUAUGAGCUCAGUCGCAAGUUUAUGAUGGACUCAGUCGGUUACUGACGUGGAGGAUCACUGCACCUGAAGAAAGUAUUGUGCUUGUCACCUUGUAUUUUUAAAAUGAGUUGACCAAAAGCUUUAUUGUGUGUUACAUGUUUGAG